AACAUUAACAACACCUCAGAACCAAUCAUGACGCUCGAUCGACUAGUUCCGCCUUAGGCUGAAGGUCAGGGGUGAAAGUUCACAUUCAAAGCGUCCGACACACGUGUUUGGCCAGCAAUCCUGGCAGUACAUAGAACAUGGCGGCCAUCUACUCCGGCAUCCAUCUGAAGCUGAAAAGCCACCGGACUUCCUGGCCGGACAAGCUGAAGCUGGCCCGCUUUGCGUGGAUCUCCCCGCAGUGCGUCCUGCCCAACAAGGAGCAGUUGCUCUUUGACUGGGCGAGUCACGCCUUGACCGGUUAUUACAGUAAGAAAGUGGAGCUUCCACAGGAAGUGCUGGCAGGCUUGUGGGCUUAUCUGGACGACAUUCUUCACAGCAAGAAUCUUCUGAAUGCCCUGAGCAAGGGGAGGAGCCUCGGCCUGCGCUUAGCAGUAGCUCAGGUUAUUAAUGAGCGGGUCCUGGAAUGUGCUUCGGGAACAUGCCUCGUAGGCACCUCCACCGUGCUGAGCUGCUGUCAGGGCGUUCUGUCCUCUCCUGUGCUCUCAGCCACCUACUCUGCGAAGUAUGAGCUCCUGGUGGAGCUGGUGUCCAGGCUGUGCGCGCUGGCCUGCUCCGAGCUCAGCCCGGGGAACGUCGGCCAGCCCCUGGUCCGCCAGGUGUUCGAGGUCUUUCAGCAGGCCUUGUACUGCUACCUGAUGGUCCAGCGGCAUCAGACCAACCCCAACCGAGUCUUCACCCAGGUCACGGCUCACCUGCUCCAGCCAUUCCUGCUGCUGCGCCACCUGCUGGCCGUGCGGGUAUGGCGCGUGGACGACGACGCCCGAAUCCAGCACCACCUGAGCAGAGAGAUCCGCAGCAAGGUGGACGCAGUGCUGCAGUCGGCCCUCUUUGCCCUCGACCAUCUGCCCUCCUACAGGGAAGAGCUUCUUCCAGAAAAGGAGGUGACCGGUGCCAGAAAGGGUCUCAUCAGUAAGGGGUUGCUGUCUCCCGUCAACACUGUCCUAAAGAAACUCUGUCAGUCUGGGUUCUGCGAUCCUUCGCUACAGUUUGCUGUGAGAUCAAACUCCCUGCCUUUGAUUUACAAGCUUUCCCUGGACUCUUUUGGCAAGGGUGGGGAAAAUAAGUUGAUGUGCUUUCAUUUGCUGUCACGGUUCACAGCUGCUUUGGACCUGACCGAAGCCCUGACUGUCAAGGGCACUUUCGAGCCCGGAAACUGGGGCCUUGCUCUGCUGGCUCUGGAAAACCUUCUGAAUUUCAGCCUGUCUGCAGACAUCUACAAUGUUGCCGCAGACAGGAUACAGCAUGCAGAGGUGCAGUUUAUUUUCUACAGGAAAGUCGCCCAGCUGUUGUUCAGCAAUGUGCAGCCCAACAUUCCGGCCUGGUACCGCUGUCUGAAGACCCUCCUCUCGCUCAAUCACCUGAUAGUGGAGCCGGACCUGGAUGAGCUGGUGUGUUCGGCCUGGAUCGAUGCCGAUUACGUGGGUAAGCGUGUGGUCAAGGCCCGGGAGGCUCUCAUCACUGCCAUCUUCCAGACGUACGAAAAGUUGCGACAGUUUCCCAGGCUGCUGCAGGAGAUUCUGGAGGUUAUUUGCCGGCCCGCAGCAGAUGAACUGCGUCCGCCGGUUCUCACGGCAGCCCUGCAGAAGAGCCUGAGUCAGAGCAUCCUGGACACCCCCCACAGUCAAAGUCUGGAAAUGUGCUCCCUCAUUCUGGAGAAGGCACAAAGCUGCCUCCUGAUAGACCUUGAGGGGCAGGAGGACUUGGCCCUGAAGCUCUUCUCGCUGAGCGUGCUCCUCAAUUCGGUGCUCUUCAGUGUGAAGACCCUGGACAACAGCUCACCGCUGCCUGUGGUCAAGCGUGCUCAAGGCCUCAUGGAGGAGAUGGUCAAGGUCAUAAAAUCUUUGCUGCAGCAGCUACAAGGCAGCAAAAAUGGCUCGAUCUGGUUUGAGAAGGUCCUGGAGACGACCCUGUUACUCAGCUACACCCUGGUGGAGGUGGACACACUCUUCAAGGUCCACUGCAGCAGAUACGUGUCUGUGACUGAAGAAGACUGCAGCGGCCUGCUGGAGGAGAAUGUUUGUCUUCUGCCGUGUGUAGCCGUGAGCCAAUGGGAGCAGGUGGCUUGUCAAACUCAGCCGCGAGGUUCAGCCUGCCGGCUCCUGCAGGAGCUCCUAGCUCUCCAGAGGAUGAAGCUGAUCCUCCUGAACACUGAUCCAUCUUCAGCUUUGGAAGGUCAAGACAUUCUGUGCAGAAUCUCUCAGUUUAUUGUUGGGACGGGGACUAGCACCUCCGCUCUUCUGGGCGGUGAAGUUUGGGAUGGUCAGAUCAGCAGUGUGGACACCAUCACGUACCCCACAGCGCAUUGGUUUCAUGUGACCUCAAACCUGGCUUUGAUUGGCCCAUACCUGACUGAAGAUGACAUUAGUUAUAUUGCAAAUGUUCUUGUGAACUCUCUACUUCAGACAGACGUCCUAGAUGGAACUACAGAAAAUACUUGUCUCUCUGUGCCCCUCAUUUCAAAGCAGCUGCUUGACAAUAUGGUUCUACUUGAGUUAUCUCCUCUGUACUCUCUCGUAGUGAAAUGUUUCUUAAGGAGCACCAUAGGAAUCCUCUCCUUGUCUCCAGAGAGCGUGGAAUGCUCGGCUCUCUCUGUAUUUAUGGAGGCGUCGCACACAGGAGCUAAUGGAGAGAGAGAACCACGGAUUUCAAAGCUCCAUGACGAUUCUACUGAUGAUCCUCUGCCUUGGAAGAGAUUGGAGCGUAUAGCCCAUGAGAUCUUGAGUGUGAUAAAGGACGGUGUGAGCAUAACUCUGUCACAGGCUCAGACUGAGGAGCUUCUUCACUUACUGAAGGCAUGUAGAGUCCUUAAGCCAGAUGCCGUGUCUCCUGAAGAUCACUCUGAGUAUUUCUUACUCCUGUUCUUCAUAGUCACAGUGACUCAGUGUGACUCUGCUGUGGAACAUGAUAAAGUUAUUGAAUUGCUGAGGGAGGUCUACACUCUCAUGGCAUCAUGGGAGUCUGGAAGAAACACUGGUUCUGUCCUGAAAGUUAUGUAUGGAAAUGUUCUUUUAGAAAGUGUUGUAACCUCAUUGUUUUCUCAUGGGAAAAGGUGUGUCUCCACUGUCCUGGACCAUUCUCCUUGGCUGGCUUCCUUGGAAGUGGUGCAGAACUUCCUUGGCUGUCUAAUUCAAACGAUCAUCCGUAGGAAGACGAGUGUCCGUCUCAAUCUUGAGAAGUUCACCUCCUUCAUACUGGAGAGCGAGGCCAUAGGCCGAGACUCACCCUCUGUCUGGGACUCCCAGGACCCAAAGCGCCUGCUGCCUCUUCAGGUGCUGCUGGCCACGUUCAGCACCCUGUGCCAGACCAUCUCUUCUAACCUGGGUAGAACUAAGCAAACGGAUGAGACCUUUCUCCCACUGUUGGAGAAGGUCAUUGUCUCUAUGGGGUCUGCUGUCCAGGCCAGUCUGAGGCAGGAGACCUGCAGCGUUCUGGGCCAGUCCUUCACUGUGGAGGUGGUGAGGGUCAUGCUGCAGGCUGAAUUAGCGCGGGUAACCAGCCUGGAUCCUGGAGGAGAGGAAGACCAUAGGCCAGUGGUCUUCCAUCAUAUGGACUUCUGCCGAGUCUUUGCCCAGCAGAUCCUGAGGGAGCUGAGCUCCUCUCCCCGCCCAUUGAGCUUCCUGACCUCAUCCCUCCUCUUCCUUACUGCUUAUCACCUGGCUGCCCAGAGCAGCAAAGACCCUGGGCUGGAGGACUACAGCAUGCUGGUGGUGCAGAACCUUAAAAAGCUUCUGUCAGCACCCUGGCUGUCCGCGUUGGACGUGACGGAGCUCGAACCCGCGACAGGGGAUCUGCUGGCUCAGCUGGUGACUGGGAGCUCCAUUGGGCAGUUCCAGCAGUUCUUGGCGCUGGUGGGAGAUGACCUCAGCACGCGCUGGAUCGCGGCUGGUCGGCACAUGGAGGUGCGGUGGGCUGUUACGGCGGCCAAGCUGCUGGCCGGCUGUUCGCUCCCGGAAAGCCACUGCAGAGCUUUCUGGUGCACAGUGCCGCAGAUGAUAUCGGCGCUGGAGUUUGUAGUGAAGGAGUCCGGCAGGCAGAGGGUGCUGACGGACAUCUUGACAGUGCCGACCGUGGAGGGCCUGACAGCCCUGCUCCGUCGGGGGGAGGGGCUUCUGCGGAACCCACAUCAUGUGAGCCUGGCCCUCGGGGCGCUGCACUUCGUACCACUGGACCACCCGUCGCCGCAGGUCCGCUACUCCGCCUUCCUUGCCGUCCACGAGGCUCUGUUUGCCAUCAUCCAGUGCUAUCCCCAGGCAAUGCUGAAGGCGGCCCCCUCCUUCCUGAACUGCUUUUACCGGCUGGUGGCUUCUGUCAUGAAGGAAGGGCGACAGAAGGGGGAAGAAGAGAGAGGUUCGGAGGAGGAAAUGGAGGUGCUGCUGAAAUGUGCUCGGCUGGUGGAGAGGAUGUUUACGCACAUCGCGGCUGCCGCCGAGGGCUUCACCGUGCUGUCCAGCUUUGUGGUGGCGCAGUACGUCUGCGAGCUGCAGAAGGUCACACUGCACCCGACCGUCAAGAGUCACCUGACCGAGGGGAUCUACUGGAUCCUGGACCUUUGCCCAGAGCGGGAUGUGAAAUUCCUGAAUGCCACGCUGCAGGCGGGGGUCCGGGACGUCUUUGGCGAGCUGUACGACAGCUACACGCGCUACCACAAGCCGCAGUGGCGCGGUGACCAGAAGUACACGGCCUGAAGCUGCCCCCCCCUCGGCCCGCAGGCCGUUCCCGUCGUUCCCGCCACUGGCCUGGUGCUGAUGGUGCGGCUCUGAAUGCACAUUACUCCGCCGUAGCCGCUGCAGGCCGGACCUUUACGGAAGAGGACCGCGGUUCCGGUCCUUGUCUGGUGACCGUUUUCCAUCGUCUUGGUUCUCUUUGGCCACGUCCCAUGACUUAGUGACACACGUGGUAAAUCUCCUUCAUGCUGCCUUCAGUGAUUACAGUUCCCAAGUCUAUGACAUGUAAUUAUAUCAUACUGUAGAUGUGAUUUAGAGAAAAUGCUUCAUUUACUGCUUGUUUUCCAAAGCAAUACACUUCAUGUACUUGUAUUUAACGGGUGUGAUGUUAUUGUUUCUUUGUAUCAGUAAACUUUCCUUAAAUGCC